AACAAUCUCCGUGAACCGGAAACACAACUCGAACACUUCCUGUUUCCGUCAACACACGUGUGUUUGUGUGGAGAGAAAACGCCAGAGAAGUAAACAGAACCAGAACCCGUUUAGACACGUUUAGAAGUAGUCCGCGAUGUUGCAGCAGCUGGGUCUGAUCGGGACCCUCCGGGACGAGGACCAGAGUCCGGAGGAACCCGACACCGAGUCCGAGCAGGAGGAUGAGCCGAUUGUCCUGAACAGGAAGAAGAAGUUGGGGAGUCGCGGGGCGAAGGACUUCAACGCUGACUUUGAUUUUGGAGAGAGAGACGGACCGACCAAUGACGACUGGGUGAUGGCUGACGUCAUGAAGCAGCUCAAGAACAAGAGGACGGCGACGACUCUAGAUCAGAAGAUCGAGAAGAUCAGGAAGAAGAGGAAAGCCGAGGAGAGAUGUGCUGAGGAGAACCUGGAGAACCAGGAGGAGGAGGAGGAGGAUGUGAAGCCGGCGGCAGGAGAGGAAGCUGAUGAUGAUGAAGAUGAAGAUGAGGAUGAGCAGGACGAUGAAGACGAGUUUGAUUCAGAUGAUGAAGAGAUUCUGACCAAAUCAGACACGUUGAGAGACAAAGAACGCCGCGGGAGGAAGAGGAAGGGGGGAGAGGAGGCUCCGGACUCGUUCUAUGCCGACGCGUCUCAGUUCGAUGAUCAGCUGACCUUUGACGACAUGAACCUGUCCCGCCCGCUGCUCAAGGCCAUUACUGCUCUGGGCUUCAAACUGCCGACUCCGAUCCAGAAGGCGUGUGUUCCUGUCGGCCUGCUGGGUCGAGACCUUUGCGCCUGCGCUGCUACUGGGACAGGGAAGACGGCAGCAUUCAUGCUGCCGGUGUUGGAGCGUUUGGUUUAUAAGCCUCGGACCACCCAGGUGACCCGGGUUCUGAUCCUGGUUCCCACCAGAGAGUUGGGGAUCCAGGUUCACUCUGUGGCCCGCCAGCUGGCCCAGUUCACCUCCAUCACCACCUGCCUGGCUGUCGGCGGCUUGGACCUGAAGUCUCAGGAGGCUGCGUUGAGGGCGGGGCCAGAUGUUCUGGUAGCUACACCGGGUCGGCUGAUUGAUCACCUUCACAACACACCGAGCUUUGAGCUGAGUCACAUUGAGAUCCUGAUCCUGGACGAGGCCGACCGGAUGCUGGACGAGUACUUUGAGGAGCAGAUGAAGGAGAUCAUCCGGUUGUGUUCCUACAACAGACAGACAAUGUUGUUCUCUGCCACCAUGACGGAGGAGGUGAAGGAACUGGCGGCAGUGUCGUUGAAGCAGCCAGUCAGGAUCUUCGUUAACAGCAACACUGACGUCGCUCCGUUUCUGAGACAAGAGUUUGUCAGAAUCCGACAGAACCGAGAAGGAGACAGAGAGGCUGUGGUGGCUGCGCUGCUGACACGGACCUUUCAGGAUCACGUGAUGUGUUUCACUCAGACGAGGAAACAGGCUCACAGACUGCACAUCCUACUAGGACUGCUGGGGCUGAAGGUCGGAGAACUGCACGGAGAACUAAGCCAGAACCAAAGACUGGAGAACCUCAGGCGUUUUAAGGACGAUCAGAUUGAUAUCUUGGUGGCGACAGACGUAGCGGCCAGAGGUCUGGACAUUGACGGAGUCAAAACGGUGAUAAACUUCACCAUGCCGUCCACGGUGAAGCACUACGUCCAUCGUGUGGGCCGUACGGCGAGAGCCGGUCGCUCCGGGCGUUCGGUGUCUUUGGUUGGAGAGACGGAGAGGAGGAUGCUGAAGGAGGUGGUGAAGUCAGCCAAGAGCAGCGUGAAAGCUCGUGUCCUGCCGCCAGACGUGAUCCUGAAGUUCAGAGAUCUGAUCACGAAGCUGGAGAAAGACGUGGAGGCUGUGAUGAAGCUGGAGAGAGAGGAGAGAGAGCUGGCUGCGUCCGAGGCCAAGUUGAGUGUGGCUCAGAAGCGCCUCGAUGGCUCCGCCUCCUCCUCUGACUCACAGCGAGUUUGGUUUCAGACUCAGCAGGAGAGAAAACAGAGCCGCGUGUCGAAGGCUCUGCAGGAGUUUGAUCUCGCUCUGAGAGGGAAGAAGAAGAGAGAAAAGUUCCUGAAAGACGGCAAGAAGAAGGAUCUGACGUCUGAGGAGCGCUCUCAGUUUGAGAUCUUGAAGGCUCAGAUGUUCGCUGAGCGAGCAGCCAAGAGAGAGAGACGCCCGAAGAGAGCGAGAGCCAUGCCGGAGGACGAGGCGCCGACCAAAGCAGCCAAUCAGAAAGCAGGAAAAGGAGGGAAGAAGUCUGUGUUCGACAAAGAGCUGACCAACACGAGCAACAAAGCUCUGAAACACUACAGAGCUGGACCAUCCUUCGCGGACAGGAAGCGUCUUGGUAUGGACAGGAAGCGUCCUGGCAGCUCAAGGUUCAAGAAGAAGUGAUGACAGCCAAGAUGGCCACCUGGAGCAGCAGUUUUCUCCAUGUCGUCUGUGCUCACUGUGUAAAUCUGUUCCAGUUUUUUUUGUUCAUUUAAGAAGUUUUAAAUAAAGUUGCAGUCUGUAUGAAAA